AAAAAAUUAAAUGAAAGGAACUUUUAAAGAUUAAAAAAUUAAAUUGGCAUUUAAAGGAAUUAUGAUGAAUAAGAGGAUUCACGCAAAGUAUUUCAGUAGAUUUUUGAACCUUCUACCACAUCGAUUAUCUUGUCAUGACAGCACAAGAGCCACAAUAGCAUUUUUCAGUGUUUCUGGCAUAGAUGUUUUGGAUUCUUUAGACUUAAUUUCCGAGCAAUCGAAACAAAAUAUUAUAGAAUGGAUUUAUGGACUUCAAGUGAUUCCCAAAGAAGGCAACGUUAAAUGUGGUGGUUUUCAGGGAUGUACAGCAUUGAACUUAUUGGAUCCUCCUGAAAACUGUUCAACGGAUAACUACAAGUGGGGACAUUUGGCAAUGACUUAUACAUGCAUAGCAAUUUUAGUAAUAUUAGGAGACGAUUUGAGCAGAUUAGAUCGAAAGGCUAUUGUUGACGGUGUCAAGUCCGUCCAAAAACCUGACGGAAGUUUCAGUGCAUCUAUUGAAGGUAACGAGUUUGACAUGAGAUUUGUGUAUUGUGCAUGUUGUAUUUGUUAUAUGAUCAACGACUGGGGUGAUGUUGAUAAGGAACUGAUGGGUCGAUACAUUUUAAGUUCUAUACGAUAUGAUGGAGGCGUGAGUCAGCACGUUGAAAAUGAAAGUCAUGGAGGUACUACAUUUUGUGCUCUUGCGGCACUCCAAUUAAGCGAUCAAAUGCAUUUACUUACAUCGAAGCAAUUAGAGAAAGUAAAACGAUGGCUUCUGUUUCGGCAAGACGGUGGUUUUCAAGGUCGACCUAAUAAGCCAAUCGAUACAUGCUAUUCAUUUUGGAUUGGUUCUGCGCUCAAAAUUAUUGACGCAUUUGAACUGAGCAAUUUUAAAGAGAACAGGGAAUAUAUUUUAUCGUGUCAAGAUAUUGUGGUUGGUGGUUUCAGUAAGUGGUCAGGCACAACAUCCGAUCCAUUUCAUACAUAUUUUGGUCUGUGCGGUUUAAGUUUUCUACGUGAACCUGGUCUUUUAGACGUUAUGCCAAGUUUGAACAUAUCAAUGCGUGCUUACGAAAGACUGAAAAGCAUACAUAAAGUAUGGGAUUUGAAUUCACAAAUGGAAGUACAGCUGAACAUCGAAUAAACUUCUAUAAUCCGAAAGACUUUUGUGCGCCAACAUACAAUUCCUGGAUAGCAUAACAUCCAAUACAAAUUAUUGUUUUCAUUAGAUUAAAUUAGUCAAUCAAGUAUUUUUCAAGUGACAAGUCUUAACGAUCGCGACAACUGACUUAUUCAUCUGUUAUCAAAAUGGCUUUAAUUCCGUUGUACGCAUCGCUCUUUUGCAGCCAAGCAAUA